CCCGCUGACGUCACUGAACUGCAUGUGCCUGAUGGAUCAAACAUCAUAAGCUCUGCAGUUUAUAACACGCACAAACAUCAGUGCAUAUAUGUUUAUGAGUGUAUGUACAGAUUAAGUGUGUGUACCCGCGGCAGUCAUGGUUAAGGAUCAGUUCAGAGAGACGGAUGUGGCCAAAAAAAUAAGUCACAUCUGCUUUGGUAUAAAGUCAUCAGAGCAGAUGCGACAGCAGGCUCAUAUUCAGGUGGUCAGUAAGAAUCUCUACAGUCAGGACACGAGCCACACACCGCUUUCAUAUGGAGUCCUGGACCACCGCAUGGGUACCAGUGAGAAGGACCGACCCUGUGAAACCUGUGGGAAGAAUUUGGCCGACUGUCUGGGUCACUACGGAUAUCUGGAUCUGGAACUGCCAUGUUUUCACAUCGGAUACUUCAAAGCCAUCAUAGGAAUUUUGCAGAUGAUUUGUAAGACGUGUUCACACAUCCUUCUGUCUAAAGAGGAAAAACUUCAGUUUCUGGAUUAUUUGCGAAAACCUGGUCUGGUUUACCUGCAGAAGCGUGGUCUAAAGAAGAAAAUCUCAGACAAAUGCAGGAAGAAAACAACAUGCUUUUACUGUAACGCAUUUAACGGCCCUGUGAAGAAAUGUGGUUUACUGAAGAUCAUUCAUGAAAAGUAUAAAACCACAAAGAAGGUGAUCGAUCCGAUUGUGUCUGAUUUUCUCCAGUCGUUCGACGUCGCCAUUGAACACAAUAAAGAGGUGGAGUCGCUGUUGACCAGAGCACAGGAAAACCUCAAUCCUCUGAUCGUGCUAAAUCUUUUCCGGAGGAUUCCGAACGAGGAUGUUCCUCUUCUCCUGAUGAAUCCUGAAUCGGGCAAACCUGCUGACCUCAUUCUGACACGCCUUCUAGUCCCGCCCCUCUGUAUCCGGCCCUCCGUCGUCAGUGACCUUAAAUCAGGAACCAAUGAGGACGAUCUGACCAUGAAACUGACGGAAAUCAUCUUCCUCAAUGAUGUCAUCAAGAAGCAUCGUAUGUCUGGAGCUAAAACGCAGAUGAUCAUGGAGGAUUGGGACUUCUUGCAGCUUCAGUGUGCCCUUUACAUCAACAGCGAGCUGUCGGGCAUCCCGCUCAACAUGGCACCAAAAAAAUGGACCCGCGGCUUUGUGCAGAGACUCAAGGGAAAACAGGGGAGAUUUCGUGGGAACCUGUCUGGAAAGCGUGUGGAUUUUUCAGGCAGAACGGUCAUCUCUCCCGACCCCAACCUGAGAAUCGAUGAGGUCGCCGUACCGGUGCAUGUCGCCAAAAUCCUGACCUACCCAGAGAAGGUGAAUAAAGCCAACAUUGAGUUAAUGAGAAAACUCGUCCGCAAUGGGCCUGAUGUUCAUCCAGGAGCAAAUUUCAUCCAGCAGAGACACAUGCAGAUGAAGAGGUUUUUAAAGUACGGUAACAGAGAGAAGAUGGCACAGGAGCUGAAAUACGGUGACGUGGUUGAGAGACACAUGAUCGAUGGAGAUAUUGUCCUGUUUAACCGGCAGCCGUCUCUGCACAAGCUCAGUAUCAUGGCUCAUAUCGCUCGUGUGAAACCUCACCGGACGUUCAGAUUUAACGAAUGCGUAUGCACGCCAUAUAAUGCCGACUUUGAUGGAGAUGAGAUGAACCUUCACCUGCCUCAGACCGAAGAGGCUAAAGCAGAAGCGCUCGUGCUCAUGGGGACAAAGGCCAAUCUGGUGACCCCGAGAAACGGUGAACCCCUGAUUGCGGCCAUUCAAGACUUCCUGACGGGGGCUUAUCUGCUCACACUUAAAGACACCUUCUUUGACCGAACCAAAACCUGUCAGAUCGUCGCCUCCAUCCUGGUGGGGAAAGAUGAAAAAAUCAAAAUUGCUCUUCCUCGUCCUGCUAUUCUCAAGCCGAUCAGGCUGUGGACCGGGAAACAGAUCUUCAGUUUGAUUCUGAAGCCCAGUAAGACCUGCCCGGUGAAGGCCAACCUGCGUACUAAAGGCAAACAGUACUGCGGUAAAGGAGAAGAUCUGUGUCCUAAUGAUUCAUUCGUUGUGAUCCAGAACAGCGAGUUGAUGUGUGGCAGUUUGGAUAAAGGAACUCUGGGAUCCGGAUCUAAGAACAACAUCUUCUACAUCCUGUUGAGAGACUGGGGUCAACUGGUGGCGGCAGAUGCAAUGUCACGUUUGGCACGUCUGGCUCCUGUUUACCUCUCGAAUCGAGGGUUCUCCAUCGGGAUCGGUGACGUGACGCCGGGUCAGGGUUUGCUGAAGGCCAAGCAGGAGCUUCUGGAUGCCGGCUAUAAGAAAUGUGAUGAGUACAUUGAAGCUCUGAAGACGGGCAGAUUACAGCAGCAGCCGGGCUGUACCGCAGAGGAAACGCUCGAGGCGUUGAUCCUGAAAGAGUUGUCUGUGAUUAGAGAUCAUGCUGGCAGUGCUUGUCUGAGGGAACUGGAUAAGAGCAACAGUCCACUCAUCAUGGCUCUGUGUGGAUCUAAAGGUUCAUUUAUUAAUAUCUCUCAGAUGAUUGCUUGUGUCGGGCAGCAGGCCAUCAGUGGUUCACGUGUACCUGAUGGAUUUGAGAAUCGUUCUCUGCCUCACUUCCAGAAGCACUCAAAACUCCCUGCAGCCAAAGGCUUUGUAGCAGACAGCUUUUAUUCGGGUUUGACGCCCACUGAGUUCUUCUUUCACACUAUGGCCGGAAGAGAAGGUCUGGUGGAUACUGCGGUAAAGACAGCUGAGACGGGAUACAUGCAGAGACGUCUGGUGAAGUCGUUAGAAGAUCUCUGCUCUCAGUAUGAUCUGACGGUACGCAGCUCCACCGGUGACAUCAUCCAGUUCAUCUACGGAGGGGACGGACUCGACCCCACGGACAUGGAGGGAAAAGACGAACCGCUGGAGUUUAAAAGAGUUCUCGACAACGUCCGAGCGGUGUACACGUGUCAAAGUGAGCCGGCGCUGAGCAGAAAUGAGCUGGUGUUGACCUCAGACUCCAUCAUGAAGAGAAGAGACUUCUUGUGUUGUAAAGACACGUUUUUAGAGGCUUUGACAGACACAGGCACUGAGAAAUAUAUUCAGGAAAUAAGAAAGUUCAUCAAAACAGUUUCAGAGAAAAUCAAAAAGACACGAGACAAGUACGGCAUCAAUGACAACGGCACGACCGAGCCCAAAGUUCUGUAUCAGUUGGACCGGAUUACACCCACGCAGCUGGAGAAGUUUCUGGAGACGUGCAGAGAUAAAUAUAUGAGGGCACAGAUGGAGCCGGGUUCUGCUGUCGGGGCGUUGUGCGCUCAGAGCAUCGGAGAGCCUGGCACACAGAUGACCCUUAAAACCUUUCACUUCGCUGGUGUGGCAUCCAUGAACAUCACACUGGGUGUCCCUCGAAUUAAAGAGAUCAUCAACGCGUCCAAAAACAUCAGCACACCUAUAAUAAGUGCCAACUUGGACAUCAAUGAUGAUCCCGACUAUGCGCGGCUGGUGAAAGGGCGAAUCGAGAAAACUCUCCUGGGAGAGAUCUCAGAAUACAUUGAGGAGGUUUUUCUACCCGAUGAUUGUUUUAUUCUGGUCAAGCUGUCAUUGGAGAGAAUUCGUCUUCUCAGAUUGGAGGUGAACGCAGAGACCGUGCGUUACUCCAUCUGCACGUCUAAGCUGCGGGUGAAGCCGGGCGAUAUCGCCGUCCACGGCGAGGCCGUCGUCUGCGUGUCUCCACGAGAAAACAGCAAGAGCUCGAUGUAUUACGUCCUGCAGUCACUGAAACAGGAUCUUCCUAAAGUGGUAGUUCAGGGAAUCCCUGAAGUGGCGCGAGCCGUCAUUCAUAUCGACGAACAGAGCGGUAAGCAGAAGUUUAAGCUGUUGGUGGAGGGUGAUAACCUCAGAGCUGUCAUGGCAACACACGGCGUCAACGGCAACAAAACAACAUCCAACAACACGUAUGAGGUUGAGAAGACACUAGGCAUCGAAGCAGCGAGAUCCACCAUCAUUAAUGAGAUCCAGUAUACCAUGGUAAAUCACGGUAUGAGCAUCGAUCGCAGGCACGUCAUGCUCCUGGCUGAUCUCAUGUCCUAUAAGGGUGAGAUUUUAGGCAUCACCCGAUUUGGCCUGGCAAAGAUGAAGGAGAGCGUUCUGAUGCUGGCGUCAUUUGAAAAGACAGCCGAUCAUCUGUUCGACGCUGCGUAUUUCGGCCAGAAAGACUCUGUGUGCGGUGUUUCCGAGUGUAUUAUUAUGGGAAUCCCGAUGAAUAUUGGAACAGGACUUUUUAAACUUUUACACAGUGCUACCAAGGAGCCGAAUCCUCCCCGUAGACCUUUGCUUUUUGACAAUCCUGAUUUUCACGUAUCCCUGGGCUCAAUAACUCGCUCGCUGCCUUCAUGAUGGGUCUGGAUUAUAGCAUGUAUUGAGGAUUCUGAGUUCUGACAUAUCACUUAUGUCACUUAUGUGCCUUUUUUGUGUUAUACGAACAGUUUGCUGUUUAAAUGGAGUGUCGCAGUAGUUUUUACACAUUUCAGAUAAUGAAUGGAAAGGUGGGUCCAAAAUAAUUGUCAUGGUUUAUAUCAAUCUUUCGAGAUGAUAAAAGUUUUUUCAUAGCCUUAGGUGCAGGUUUUGUGUUUGGUCUCUACAAACAUUUCGCUGACAUUUUCUCCUCUGAAAUCAGAUUUGCUCAUUGGCUGUAAAAUGAAUUACAUGAAGCGCUUAUAGUUUUAUAAGAUUAAGAUUUCAUUUUCAUCUGACCGGAUGGGGUCAAAUCUAUCAUUAAUUUAUGCGGUGGUUUUUCAGUUUGACAUUGUUUGACAAUUUAUUUUAUGUAAAUAUGUAUCAGGUGUGAAUAAAAUAUGCAUUGACAACAUUCGUGCAUUCUUUCUCUUUAUUUUUUGGAAACGCAUCAGCGUAUUUGAUCAGGUUUCACACGUUUGAAUGAAUGCAAACAAUUUCUUAUCAUAACUCAUUUGACUUCAGUAAUGUUUUUGGGUGAAACUGGAUUUUCAAUGAGAAAAUAAAGUAGUUUGGUACUUCAUAUUUAUUAAAACUGUUGGAUUGUAAUAUCAGAUUGAUUUGUCAGAACUCAGUGACACGAGUUUAAUGCCUUUACUGUAAACAUCCAAUAAUCUGCAUGGCCCAGGUGAUGUCAACAGUAUAGGCAAGUCAUUUCAAACUUGUCAAUACAUUAAAAUAAAAAACAUGUCAAUACAUUGAAAUAAAAAACAUGUCAAUUACUUAAAAAAACAACAACAUGUCAAUACAUUGAUAAAGGAUUAUGAGAAAUGUAUUUCUUGUAAAGACAUUUACAAAAUGCAUUCAAGUGAAUUGUCAAAUCUCAUUCUGCUGCAAAACAUAUUUAUUACCAACAAAGAUGAAGAUUAAAGAAAUGAAGUCUCUUUGAAUUCAAGCACAUUCACUGUUCAAAUGUUUUCAGUGAGAAUAACUAUCAUUAGGAUGUACAAAAAACAGCUUAUGAAACACUGGUAAUGUUUUCUUUGAAAGAAUAUUUCAAAAUCUAAUCUCAGCAAAGUUAUAAACUUCAAUACAAAACAAUCUGGUACUUUAUUAACAAUAAUGAACAGCGCUGUCAGUGUUUUUGUACAGUAUGUAAUUUCUCUCAACCCUGAUAUUACAGCUGUGGUCUGUUAUUAUCAGAUGAACUUUAGCUCUUUACUAAUGCCUGUAAAAAUAGAUCUUUUUUUCCCUCAAGAAGUUUAUAAUGCCCCUAAACAGGGAUGCUUUAUUCUCAUUGGUUAAGAAACUAUUUAUGGGUAUGCAUUUUUUUUUUCAAUAAACGCACACAUAACCUGUCAAAUGUCUUAAAAUAACCACCAGGGGCUGGGUUUCUCGAUAACGAUUGAACUUAGCACUUGAGAGCACUUUCUACGAUCUACUUGACGAAUGUUAGUUUUUCUUUCACAUAUGUUCCCAAAAAUGCACUUAAAUACGAUCGUGCGCAAGCUUUAAGUGCUACUUAUGAGUCACAAUCCAUUUGUCAAGUGCUGAAAUAUCACCUAUAUAUUGUUUUUUUUAUCUUCACAUCAUGUGCACUUAACACUAUUAAUAAUAUUGUUUAAUAUUGCUCAGUGACUAAUUAAAUGUUUUAAUUGUACCAUUUGAAAUAAUCUUUUUCAUAUGUAUUUAGGACUCAUCCCAUUGUGCAACGCCUUUUGCAGUUUAUAUUAUUAUUACUAUCUUAUGGCUUUCUAUGUACAAAAUGUUUAUUGUACACUUACUUUACUUUAGCAGUGAUUUAAACACUGUUUUCUGCAUACUGUACACAUUAUAUUAAGCACAACCUUUGGUCAUUAUUAACCUCACAAUCAGAGAAUGAGAGGUAAUGUAAGAGCUUAACAAUACAAAUCUUUAGUCUCUACAAGUAUCACCUUCUGAAUUUAAAAGAACAGAUGAAAGGCAGUGAGACGCAUGUGAAUAUUAUCACAGAUUAAAAACCUUUGCACAUGGUUGAUUUGUUUUAUUUUUAUUUCUUUAAUUUGUAUUAAACCAAGAAGAACCUAAUAAAUAAAUAUUCCUACAUUAAAAACAUGACAUUAUCGUCCUUGUAACUCUGUCACUUACGAUGCAGGCAUUUUUGUUACUUCAAAUCACUCAUAGAUCAACAAUGAUUUUCAAGUGCUACUGAAGUUACAAUGGUUUUGGGAAACGGUUCUAAGAUGAUUCAGUCUGAGACAUCUGGGCUUAAAGCCAUAAGAAAACAUUUUUCUUUGCAAAAGGAUUGCACUUCUUACACUAUAUUUUGUGUCUGUAUAUUUUCUUAUGUGCACGCAGCUGUGAACUAUCAGCAGGAUAAUGUGGGUGUGAGCGAGGCACAAACUAACACGGGGUUAAUAGUAACAAGGAUACUUUACAUAUUUCUAUAGGGCCGAUCAAUCUAUGCUUUUGGUCUUUUUCUAUUCCUGUCAGAAGAUCUCCGGUGAAUUUGUGAAAAGUUUUAAUAUGUUUUGGUUAAGAUAUUGAAUUAAGUGGUACAUUUCUUUAUCUUAUGUUUUUUUAUUUCUGUGUUUAAG